UUUUAGGUCAUUCCUACGGUUACCUGGAUGACAUCAUCGGUAUGCGUGAUUUCGAAUCGCGCAACUCCUCACAUCCGUCGGCACAGGAAAAGUCUUGAAAAUAGCCAGCAAUCACCGUUUACCAUAAAAUUCAAAAUGACGACCACAGACUGUUAUACAGGUGUUGGAGAUGGAGAAAGAAAUAGUUCAAGAGUUCUGAGACCUCCAGGUGGUGGAUCAAGUGAUAUUUUUGGAUCUGGUUCAGUAGGACACACCAAAUCUGCUGCAGAGGAACAGAAACAGAAUUCUGCAAAAGCUGCUGCAGGUUCUAAUAUAUUUGGUGGACCAAUGGACAACUCAGAAGAUGGGUCUGGAGUGAAACAUAUCAACAGGAAAUCACAACCAUCAAGUCAGUCAACUAUUUUUGGAGGUGGACCUUCAGCAAAUGCAUCUGAUUUAAAGAAAAGAGAUAAAGAGGAGUACAACUACACUAAUAAACACCAUGAAACAAAGACUAAAAGUGAAGAAUUUCCUGCUUAUGAUAGAUCUGUAUAUGCAGCUCAGAUGACCCCUCAGAGAAGGAAUAUUCAGCAAGUUUCAAGCUACAACCCAAUAACAAAUGAAUCCUAUACUGGCGAAGAACAACAACAAGACCAACAAGCUACAGCGAAGAGACGUGGACAAAAUAAUGUCAAUACAGUCUCGAGUUAUAAUGUCAUCACUAACCAUUCAUACGAGGAUGAAAACAGUUAUCAGCAAGCCACGCCCCAAAAACCUGGCAAAAGAACUUUGAGUAAUUCAAAAGAAGAAGGUCAUUCCCGAGUUGCAGGACUUGAACAAAAAAACACAGGAACUUACAACCCAAUAACUGGAGAACUUAUCGGUAACAAGGAUGAUGGGCCACAGAGAAAUUCCUCAAGAGUUAUAAACCCACCAGGUGGUAAAUCAACAGGAUUAUGGUGAAGAUAGAUACUGGUCAACGUCAACAGAGUCUCAUUGAUGAUAUAUGACUGCUUGUUCUUAAUUUAAUAUGCAAAGGGUAUCGACCUGCUCACCAAGGGACUAGAAACGUUUUAUUUGUAAUUGUUUGAGACUUGUGUUGAAACUGGUUGUUUAUAUUGUUUCUAUAUUGUAUAAAUGUGAAGCUACCUGACUUCCACAUCAGAAAUGUAAAAUAUGAUCAUUUGGUAAAUACUGGCCAAAUUAUAUAAAGGCAAUUGUAAUUUUCGGCUGUCAAGUUUGACGCGGAAAAAAAAGUAAUAGAUAUUAAGCUCCUUUUUUUGUAAAAAAUUAUAACACAUAUAUUUACUUUCAAUCAUCAAACUAACACUAGACAUCUUUGGGGUAAAGAACUGGGAUCUGUAUAUACCAAAAACAUAUUUUAUCCAGCACAAAAAAUUUCAUAUAUCAUAACUUUUGCAUCAGUCUUUUCAGUGUAAAUAUUAGCUAUUGCGAAACAAUGGUAUUUAACACAUUUUUGGUCUGAAUGAAUUGGAUUUGUUGUCGUAUAUGAAAGUCUGUUUUUAAUGCAUUGUGUUCACUUUUAAAAUUAUUAACAUUCCAUUGACUUGUAAAAAAUACACCUUCUUGCAAAUACACCUCGAAAAUGAAAAAAAACACACGUGGAAUUAAAAAAAAAAUCAAGAACAUGUAAAUUAUUUUUUACUGGAGGGAAUUUUAUGGAAGCAUGGUCAUUUAUAAAAAUGGUGGUUCUGUCCAUCUAAGGAGUGCUUUUUUCAGAUUUGGAAGUCAGAAGACAAAUGUAAAGCAGAUAUAUUGUGAUAUUUAUUUAUUUGUCAAACCAACCCUAUUUUUAUACUGUAUGUGUAUAGACUUGUUACAUAGCAUAGGGAUCAAGGUUUUCACUUUAAUAACGGCUAACCAUAUAUCUUUUGUGAAUUAUCAUAUAAAAUGCUCCAUGGUGUCUCAAUUUUUUUCUUUAAAAUUUUAGUGCUUUGAUCGGAAUCUCAAAUUUUAGUAUUUGUGUAUUUUUGAAGGUUGUUCAUAGUACAGCUGUCAAGGUAAAAUUAAAAAUUAAAUUGUUGAUUUACAUUUUUGUAUAAAUAAAUGCUUAUCAAAUGCUAUGUCAGAAUUUAACCUAGUGUUCAAUUCAUAAUAUAUAAUAAAUUUGUACAUUUUACCUUUACUAAUUAGUGCAUGUAUUUUAAAAUGUCAAGCUGGCAUUUGAUUUGCCAUUUCAGAAGAUUAUGAACAUACAUCCUAAUGGUAUAACAUUAAUUCAUUGGCUUUAUGGCCAUUGUUUAUGGAUAUUCUAAACAAAAAGAUAAACUUUUACCAACAAAAAUAAAUGCAGAUUUUUUUGUCAAUUCCAACUGUUUGAGCUCUUUGCAUUAAGUAAAGUUUUGUUUCAAUAGUUUUGUAUAUUCUAAAAUGAUGAAUUGUGUAUAUACAAUUAUGAUAGCAAUAUCCCAGCUCUGCUGCAAGAUGAGGUGCAAUAAAGAUAUUGUUGAAUGUCAGCAUUUAGAUACAUCUUCUCAAAGUUUGUACACUAUAUUUUGCACCUUCAUAGGGUCCUUGCCACAUUAUGUACUUAGCCAAAUGUUUUUGACAUAUAUCUGCUCAGGGCAAAAGAAAGGUUUCCUUCGAAGAAUGAUAUAAAUUGAAUGGAUCUGUUUAUUCGUUUAUUUUAGUUUUUCAUCUCAGUUUUUUUUGUCGCUUGUAUGGCUGAUAAUAUAAUAUGUAAGAGUAAUGACAAAAAUUACAGCAAUUUUGAUCUCAUUAAGCUGAUUUUAAAAAUUAAUUCGAAAAUAAAUACUUAAUAAUCAAACCCACCAAAUGAAAGCCAUGUAAUUUUACUAAAAAUAGAUAUAUUCAAAUAUUUUUUUUCUAUUUGUGUGUUCCAUUGUUUUAAAAAAUAAUAGAUUUGAACACGAGUACAAUGUAUAAGUAAAACACAAUAGCUAUUUUAUUUAAAGCAAUAAAAUACAUAUCUAUUUUGAAGUUUAUGCGUAAAUGGUAUGCUUGGUUUAUAAAUGUUGUAAAAACACACUGUGAUUCACAAGUGCUUCUGGAGAAAAUUGUAUUUAUUGAUUUUGAAUUAGACUAAGCAUAGAUAUGAAUUAGAUUGCUUAAAGCAAAUUAUUUUUUCUACUAUUAGUUAAUUGUGUUGUUAGGAAAAUUAUCAAAUUCUGCAGGAAAAAGAUGAAAAUUAGCCAAAUUCUGAGACUGAACCAUUAUAUGUUUGUACUGUAUGGUUAUUGUUGCUUCACAUGUUUUUUUGACAUUUGAUAUGAUUUUUGAGGACCAGCUUUAUGUUUCAAUUCUCUUUUUACACCAAAAUUAUGUUAACAUCUAACAAUACAAAAACAUAAUAAAAAAAAACUUUACCAAAGUGA